AGUGGAAUGCAUGUCUAAUAAUUGGCAAAACUUAUUUUUGACGUUUCGUCUACUCUGCGUUAAAGUGUUGCACGUGAAAAAUUAAUCUAAAAUAAUUAUAAAAGAAUAUAUUAUUUAUCACUGAUUUUAUAACGAAAUGAUGCAACCUCAAAUUUUAUUAUUAAAAGAGGGUACCGAUUCCUCCCAAGGUAAACCCCAACUAAUUUCAAACAUUAACGCCUGCCAAACCGUAGUUGAUGCUGUACGUACAACAUUGGGGCCUAGAGGAAUGGAUAAACUAAUUGUCCAAAAGGUCGGUAAGGCGACUAUAUCAAACGAUGGAGCAACUAUAUUGAAAUUAUUAGAUAUAGUUCACCCAGCUGGUAAAACGUUGGUGGAUAUUGCGAAAUCUCAAGAUGCUGAAGUAGGAGACGGUACUACAAGUGUUGUUUUACUAGCAGGGGAGUUUUUGAAACAAAUUAAGCCUUAUAUUGAAGAAGGCGUUCAUCCUCGAAUUAUAAUUAAAGCGGUUAGGAGAUCUUUUCAAAUUUGUUUGGAGAAAAUUAACGAAUUAUCGGUUAAAAUUAACAAAUCCAACGCGGAAGAGUUUCGAUCUCUUUUGGAAAAAUGCGCGGCUACGGCGAUGAGUUCAAAACUCAUCAACCAACAGAGAUCGUUCUUUUCUAAAAUGGUAGUAGAUGCAGUUUUACUAUUAGACGAUUUAUUACCUCUGAAUAUGAUCGGUAUCAAAAAAGUUCAAGGCGGCGCUUUACAAGAUUCGAUUCUAGUAGCUGGUGUGGCUUUUAAAAAAACUUUCUCCUACGCCGGCUUUGAGAUGCAACCAAAGAUUUAUAAAAAUUGCAAAAUCGCCCUUUUGAAUAUUGAAUUAGAAUUGAAAGCCGAAAGGGACAACGCAGAAAUUAGAGUCGAUAAUGUUAAGGAAUAUCAAAAAAUCGUCGAUGCCGAAUGGAAUAUUUUAUACAAUAAGUUGCAAAAAAUAUACGAAUCCGGAGCUAAUGUUGUAUUGUCCAAAUUACCCAUCGGAGAUGUUGCUACUCAAUAUUUUGCCGACAGGGAUAUGUUUUGCGCUGGUCGCGUCCAGGAGGACGAUAUGAGGAGAACCCUUAAAGCUUGCGGUGGUGCAGUUAUGACAACAGUUAACGAUAUCAACGAUAAUGUACUGGGUAAAUGUGAUUUGUUCGAAGAGAAACAGAUCGGCGGGGAGAGGUACAAUUUCUUUAAGGGUUGCCCUAAUGCUAAAACUUGUACUUUGAUUCUACGAGGGGGAGCCGAACAGUUCUUGGAAGAAACAGAAAGAUCUUUACACGACGCUAUAAUGAUCGUUAGGAGAACUAUUAAAAACGACGCCGUUGUAGCAGGUGGAGGUGCUAUCGAAAUGGAACUAUCCAAAAUAUUGAGGGAUUAUUCUCGUACCAUAGCAGGAAAAGAGCAAUUGUUGAUAGGAGCCAUCGCGAAAGCUUUAGAAGUAAUUCCACGUCAGUUAUGCGACAACGCAGGUUUCGACGCCACCAAUAUAUUGAACAAAUUGAGACAGAAACACGCCCAAGGGCAUUGUUGGUACGGAGUGGAUAUAAACAAUGAAGAUAUCAGCGACAAUUACGAAACGUGCGUUUGGGAACCGGCCGUUGUUAAAAUUAACGCUUUAACAGCCGCUACCGAAGCCACUUGUUUGAUAUUGUCCGUAGACGAGACUAUCAAGAAUCAAAAAUCCGAACAACCGCCCCAGAUGGGCGGUCGCGGUAUGGGUAGACCCAUGUAGAACCCCAACCGCAACGGUUUUUAUUUUCAUGCCUUCCUAGGUUACUAAUUUAUCUUUAACGUCGCUGUAAUUUUUUUUCUCUUUUCUAAUAAAGCUUAACUCUCAUA